AUGGCUGAGAAACGUCUUCCGGAAGACGCACCCUGGCCCGAGACCAACAGCGCGUCUGCUGUCGAGAUCAAUGCCGCCCCGGAGGACGAUACCAGUCAUGGUCCCGACUUUGGGCUGACCGGCCUACCGUUGGCUCUGGUCAUCCUUGGCCUUGGUCUCGCUAUCUUCCUCAUGUCGUUGGACUCGUCGAUCAUUGCAACUGCCAUCCCCCGCAUCACAUCCCAGUUCAACAGCACCGGGGACAUAGGCUGGUAUGGAAGUGCAUACUCCUUCGCCAUGUGCGCUCUGCAGCCCAUUGCCGGCAAGCUGUUUGCAAGCUUUUCCAUGAAGUGGAUGUUCCUUGGGUGUUUGGCCGUGUUUGAGCUUGGUUCACUGCUGUGCGCCCUUGCUGUGAACAGUCCAAUGCUCAUUAUCGGGCGCGCGAUCGCCGGAGCUGGGGCAGCCGGAUGCUUCACGGGAGCCUUCUGCAUCGUCGCGGCUGCUCUCCCGCUUGCCAAGCGCCCCUUCUACGUGGGAAUCCUCCAGUCGACGUUCGGCAUCGCGACCAUCAUCGGACCCAUCCUAGGCGGUGCCUUCACGCAGCACGCGACAUGGCGGUGGUGUUUCUGGAUCAACCUACCCAUUGGCGCCAUCACGAUCAUGGCCCUGGUCUUCUUCUUCAAGCCGCCCCCGCGUGACUCCUCUACAACUUCUCCUGUCCUGCAUCGGCUGAAGAGCUUGGAUCUGUUCGGUGCUGUGCUCUUCGCCCCGUCCGUGAUCAUGAUACUCCUGGCUCUCCAGUGGGGCGGAAUUUCCUACGCGUGGAAGAGCGCCACCAUCAUCGGACUCUUCAUCGGCGGCGCAGGACUCGGCCUCAUCUUCGCCGUCUGGCAGGUCUACAAGGGCGACGCGGCCAUGAUCCCGCCGCGCCUGAUGACAGAACGCACCAUGCUCUUCUGCUGCCUCGGAGAAUUCUGCGCCAUGGGCGCCGUCUACAUCUCGAUCUACUAUCUUCCCGAAUGGUUCCAAGUCAUCGAGGGCGCGUCCCCGACCAAGUCAGGCCUGAUGUAUCUGCCCCUGGCGCUGUCGGACGUGCUCUCCGCCACGCUCACGGGCGCCUCCCUCAAGUACCUGGGGUACCCGAACCCCUACCUGCUGCUCGGCACGGCGCUGAUGAGCAUCGCCACGGGCCUCUUCUCGACCUUCACCCUCACCACCCCGCACGAGCACUGGAUCCCCUUCCAGGUCCUCCAGGGCCUCGGCGCCGGCAUGACCCUGUCCAUGCCCUACGUCGCCACGCAGACCGUCCUCGACCACGCCGACAUCCCCGUCGGCACCUCCCUGCUCCAGUGCUUCCAGUUCUUCGGUGCCGCCGUCAACCUCGCCAUCGCCGAGGCCCUCUUCGACAACAAGCUGGUCACGGGUCUGGGGGAUCUCGGGCUGCCCGCUGCGGAAGUCGAGCGCAUUGUCAGCGCCGGAUCUGCGGAAGUGCGCAGCGUGGUUCCCUAUAGUGAUCUGCCCGGCGUGCUGCAUGCCUACAACCACGCGCUCACCACCACCUUCUACGUCGCUGCGAGCUUUGCCGCUCUGGCCUUUCUGCUCUCGCUGGGCGUCCGGUGGAGGAGUGUCAAGCCGCCGAAAUCCAAAGCUGUUGCU